UUCAGUCAUUGAGUCGCGGAUCGAUAGAUCCAGGGUAUAGAUCCAGAGUAUUUAAAAGCAAAGAUCAGUUGAGGACCCUCAAUUCAAAUCACAUGUACAUUGCAAUAAGCUCAUCGACCUAAAGAAGAAGAAAAAAUGUCUGUAGCAGCCGCUGUGGAAGAGAAAAUCGCCUCCAAAAAAGUGGUGGUUUACUCCAAGAGUGGGUGUCCUUACUGCCAGAAAGCGAAGCAGGUGUUCACCAGGUACCUAAAAUCUGGGAAGCUGAAGAGAGAGGAUUACGAGGAGGUGGACAUAACCCGGGACCCCCAGUGUGUGGCCAUCCAGACCUACAUGAUGAAGAAGACUGGGGGUAGAACUGUUCCCCGUGUUUUUGUGAAAGGUAAAUUCAUCGGUGGUGGAGAUGACGUAGUCAGUAAAAACAACAGCGGUCAGCUCAAGAAACUCCUGGACAUCGAAUAACUUGAAUACCCCCACCCCAUCCACCCCUAAAAUGUAGGGGGGAAGCAGAAGAGAAUAAAGACAUUGUUGAUGAGUGAUGAAAAACCACAAGGAUAAAAAAAAUAA